AGUAUAAAAGCUUCACAGACUGUGAAGAGAUAAGCAUUUUGAUUUCUACGAACAUGCAUCUAUUCCUGAUCUUCCUGCUGUUCCCAUUUCUGGCAAGAGGCGCAAGCGUUUCUCACACCCGCAGUUUGACAUUUCAUUUGAACAAGUGUAACCAGCGCCAGUGCCAGCAAUUCUGUGAUGAAAUGGAUAACGGACGUUACGAAGAUGAUUUAUGUGGAUUCCUCGACAAAGAAGGUUUGAGGUGCCAGUACUGCCAAUGCAAUGGGCAAGUAUAUGUAUGCAUCAAGGCAGACUUAAGUUAAAGUUUCCUAUUUUGUGCACGAAUAUCUCAAUUACUGCACAACAGUAAAUUUAAGAUGGAAGUUGUU